UAAAAAGUAGGCGUCCAAAAUAUUUCGAAGGAGUUAUCCCUCGACCAGACAGUCGUAAGAUAGUACUUUCAAAAUUUAAAAAGAGUAAACAUAAAAAAUCUUAAAAAAUAUUAAAAUGAACAGUGAAGCUUUUGGAACCCACUUGGGCAAAAUAAAGACUUCUGAGCCAUCGAUAGCCCCCAUAAACUCCUAUCAUGAAUUUGUUGAGCAGGAAACAUUGUACGUAAAACCCAAGGUGCAAGGGCCGCAGCCCUCUUGGGCGGCAUGGUGCGAACGAAACUCAAAGCCCGUGAAACGUGUACGGCCUCGUGAGUGCCGAAAGUUGACCCCGUGGCAGAAAAAUGGUCCGAUGACCAUUAGGGAUUGGAAGCACUUCCUUGCCUGGGCUGCUUUCCGGGCAGGGCCUAAAAAUCCACAGCUCCAGAGACCUGCAAAGCCUUUCUGUGCGGCCAAAUACUUGCCAUGUGCCCUGCAGAAGCGCCAGCUGGACGAGGAUGAGUUGCGGGAAAGAAUGUUGAUGUUGGCAAAGCCCCGAAAGAUCACCGAGAAGUAUAAUACGCCUGACCUACCGCCAGCGUACUCCCCGGCGAUCUCUUGGGGCAAGCCACCGCAUCGCGAUCCCGGUCGACCAUUCAAACCUCCUUACGUUCCCGCCUGUUUUCCAACCGACGAACUGGAGGCGGAUUUCUGGGCCCAGCUCAGAUUUCCUGUCCGGCAGGCAGCCCUCUUGGGAAAGAUCACUCCCCGCAUCCAGUCUCUGGCCAAACCACGGGUAUAUCCACCUACUACGCACUGCCUCAUUAAUAAAAAUAUGUUGCAUCCGCUGGAUGUUCAGCCGCCACCACGAAAGAAGUUCACCCACCGAGGCUGGCGGUUGCACCAGAUCCGACUGUUGUACCUGUCCAAGCCGGUUUCUAGAAAUGAAACGAUAUUCUUCUAAUGUAACAUCUAACAAUCCUGGGUGCUUCCAAGCUGCUCUUUAUAUUUGUCCAACACGAAAUGAAUUUAUUAAAGUUUUUGACCCUUAAUUUUGUUUGAAGUAUGUUUCUUAAACUAUACUAUAUAUGUAAACUAUUUUUUUUACAAGUUUAGACCCGAAGCAUUAACUUUCCCACCAUUUGGAAGAUUCCAAUAAUUAAAUCUCCUGCCAUUUUGAUUUAGAACGUUUUAUUUAUAUAUUUUAUAAAACCGAGGGCAUUUAUUACCAAAACGUGUACUGGUUCUGUACGGUGCGGUUUUAUUUUCAAAGGCUGCAUAGGUAGGCGUUUUUUUAGUCAUCAGUAUGAUUUUAUAAAUCAAACGACUGAGAACUACUAUUUUAUUUAAAACCGUUGCCAUUGGAGCACAAAAAUUUGAUUUGUUGCCUUAGAUACAGUUAGACCCCUUGCUAAAUUUUAA